CUCACGUAGACGCACCUGCCAGGACGGAUUUGCGAGCUCGCUUCCAACGCACAACGAGAGAGAACAAAGUCACGUCAAUUUUUCCGCGACCCGCUAGCUCCUUUUACUCGGUUCGCUUGAAGCCAUGCAGACCGCAAUUCAAAUGCCUAGUGGUGGCUGCUUGAGCAGUGGGGCCCGGGCCCGGAGCAGCGCACGGGCCACUCAACAGAUUCUUUGCGCGCCACGUCGCGACGUCGUUGCGAAGGCGCGGCGCACCAAAACUGCCACGACAACCUAUACUCAGGGCGAACGCCCGGAUGCCGAUACCAAGGCCAAGCUCUUCAACGAGACAGUCGACCGCAUCACUCGCCGCUUUGGUGACGGGUCCAUCAUGCGUCUCAGCGACAGCGUCACGGCGAACAUUGAGACCUUCCCCAGCGGCUCACUCACGCUGGACGCGGCCCUGGGCGGCGGCUACCCCCGCGGCCGCAUUAUCGAGGUGUACGGUCCGGAGGCCAGCGGCAAGACCACGCUGGCCAUGCACGCCUGCGCCGAGAUCCAGCGCCUGGGCGGCACGGUCGCCUACAUAGACGUGGAGCACGCCUUCGACCGCACCUACGCCGAGCGCCUGGGCAUCAACCUGAACAACUUCUGGUACGCGCAGCCCAUGACGGGCGAGGAGGCGCUGGAGGUGAUGGACGAGCUGUGCCGCAGCAACGUGUGCGACCUGGUGGUCAUCGACUCGGUGGCGGCGCUGGUGCCGAGGGCCGAGCUGGAGGGAGACAUCGGCAGCGUGCAGAUCGGCAGCCAGGCCCGCCUGCUGAGCCAGGCCCUGCGCAAGCUGUCCGCCUCCGCCUCCAAAAGCAAGACCACCCUGUUCUUCAUCAACCAGCUGCGGAACAAGAUUGGCGUCAUGUUCGGCAACCCCGAGACCACCUCGGGCGGCAACGCGCUCAAGUACUACAGCAGCGUGCGCAUCGACAUCCGCAAGAAGGAGACACUCAGCGAGUCGGACCAGGCCUACGCCAACCGGGUCCGCGCCAAGGUGGUGAAGAACAAGGUGGCCUCGCCGCAUAAGGAGGCUCUGUUUGAGAUCUACUACGGCCGUGGCAUUGACUUCCUGGGCGGACUCAUCGACACCGCGGAGCGCCUCAAGGUGCUCACCCGCCGCGGUGCCUUCUACUACUACGGCGACCAGCGGCUGGGCCAGGGCCGGGAGAAGGUGUUGGCGGCGCUGCGCGAGGACGCGGAGCGCACAGCCGCCAUUGAGGCCGCGGUGCGGGACGUGCUGCGGGCCAACCCCGACGCGGCGCUGGUGGACACGGAGGAGGGCGACGACGACGACGGCCUGGGCACCGCCUCCACCGUGGCGCUGGACAUGGACGACGUGUAGGGGGAGGCAGGAGGGCUGGCAGGCAGGGAGGCAGUGCUGUUAUGGGGGGGGGGCUGUGGUAGUACACAGCUGGGCGGCAGUGGGGCAGCGGCCAGGGACGCCACCUGAGCUCGCAAGUGCUACCGCAGAUGUGCGUGUAUUGUGUUCGUGUGUUUGUGUCUCUCGCAGGGUUUGCUUGUUUUGGAAGGGGCAGUUGAGGGCGGGCUAUCGCCUUCUUGCAGGAGAGAUCGGGCAACGGUUGCGCGGCGGUUGUCCCGUAAUGUACAUGGCAUGUAUGAUGUGCAAAGUGUGUAUGCUGAUUUGGGGUUGUUCACGAGCAAGUGUGUUUUGUCACAUGACGCCUGGUGUCUCAGCGCAUGUGCAUUGCUCGCUUGUGUUGCACACAUCAACCUUGAUUGUUGAUAAGAGUGGGGUGCCGUAUGCACAACUGGCUUGCUCUGCACCGGGACUUGUAUUGCAGGGGUCGAAAUGACGUACCCGUGCCCGUGUGGCCCUUGUUGGCAGCGGCCGUGCCACAGAAACGCGACAAUGACCCGGUCAGCCACAGGGCCGGUCGGUGUGUGGUGGAGACAAGGCGGUGUGUACAGACGUGUACAGGUGGCUGGUGGCGUGCCCGCAUGCAGGGUGUCGGCGCGGGUGCCGGUGCGCGUGCUGCGCUGUGAAGCCCAGGGUACGUUUCGAAGUCCGGACGCGCUACAAGCCCUGCGGCUGUGGCGGCCACUGAAUGACUCGACCAG